CCUGUGCGUGUAAAAGAAACUGAUGGCAUUUUUUAAAAAAAACCCUUUAACAAUAAACGUACACGUGAACAUUGAGUCACAUGCCGUGUGUUUCCAGCCCCUCCUGUUUCGAAUGAUUCACCGAAUCCGUGUUGGAGGCGCUAACAAACUAAAAAAAACCCACCAAAUUCCCACCCAAUAUUAUUGCGCAACGUGCCGGUUUUUUUCAGGUUCGCCUACGCAAACCUUAGCUCGGCCACGAAAUUGUAGGUGAGGUGAUCAGACGGGAGGAGAGAGAGAGACAGAGAGAGACAGAGGGAGAACGAACGGCUGGGCAGGACUGCCAAUCUCCUUCUUGGUGGUUCCGUCCCACGCUGCUUAAUCUCCCCCCCCCCCUACCAGCACCACCACCACCACACCACAGCGCACGGCUUCUCUCUCGUCACAGCCCAUCCCAUUUCAAAGCGAUGCUCCACUCCGUGGCGUUUCCCAGCCCAGGCAUUGUCAGCUCCGUCGGAUGAUGUCCCCUUCCUCGCCUUGCCCUCGUCGUCGGUCCACAGCACGUGGCUUCUGUGGAGCGUUAAUGUGCGACGCAGCUGCUGCCUUUUGAUUUUUGAAGAGUUUUGUCGGAGAAGAGAGAGGGGUGGAAGCCACCCUCCCUACUACCCGGGGCUUGUAUAGCAGCGUGUGUCAACUUGCCCGCCGGGUUCCUCUCUCGUAUCAAGCAUCACAGUGCUGCUGCUGCUUCUACUGCUGCUGCUGGAGUGUAUCUUUACGUCGUCGUAUUCAGUGAAGCAGGUUAGGCUUUUUCAGGGCUGUGCUGGAGAGCUCUCUCCGAUGGAACUGAAUUGAGGAACUGAACUGAGAUAUUGAAAAAGCUCCCAGCACGUGGAGCGAAACGUCGGACAUCACGCCAAUUGACAAGCGGUCUUGUGUACGUGUGCUUCCCCGAGAGCCAGCAGAGGUGGUGCGUCAUGCCUGCUGUUGGGUUCCAAGACCUGCCCUUCAACAUCUACGUCGUGGUGUUUGGCACGGGCAUCUUUGCCUUCAUCCUCAGCCUCAUUUUCUGCUGUUACCUCAUCAGAUUACGCCGGCAAGCACAGAGCGAGCUCUAUGGCUACAAAGAGGUUGUACUGAAGGGAAAAGCCAAGAAGCUUAGCCUGCAAGAGCAGACGUGCGCUGUGUGCUUGGAAGACUUCCGAGAAAAGGACGAGCUUGCUGUGUGCCCUUGCAAGCAUGCCUUCCACAGAAAGUGUCUGGUAAAGUGGCUGGAGAUCAGGAACGCCUGCCCCAUGUGCAACAAGCCAGUGGCCCAGCACGUGGAGCAGACGCCCGUGAGCCUGGCGCAGGCCGAGGAGCUCAUCUAGUGUCGCCGCCCUACAUCCCGUGCCGCGUCAACGUCGUCUGGGGCAACGGGCACAUCGCUCGUGAGGCCAGGGACCUGGCCGAAAUCAGGGGUGGGGGCGUGUGCCUGAGGGGACCCAUUUACUUUCAGUGGGGGCCCCCUUUAAACCGGGGAAAACUGAGCUCGAGCCUUUACGGCCUGCGCUUUAAUCCAGUCCUGCCUGUGCCCCUGAGGGACUGGAGAUGAGGGGGGCAGUGACGAAGCGAGAGAGCAAGGCAUGUGUUAGUCACUGAAUAAUUGGCUCAUGGUUUCCUAUGGUGAUGUAUUCAGUGCUGGAUUAAGGUGCAGGCCACGUGGUCUGAGACCAAGGUCCCUAUUAUGAUUUUCCCAACGGGUCCACUAUGGUUCUGUGUAAACUGCAGGGAUUUAGUUGAUGCACAUUUUAUUGUGAAUUUGAUGGAAUUGUAAGAACAAUGCCACCUGCUUUUGGCCUUUUUUGCGAGCUUACUAAUCUCCUUAAUUUAAAUUCUACCGCAAUAUGGAAGCCAGCGAUGUUGUCAUGUUAGCAGUGAUGCAAAUGCGUACACUGCUUAACUGCCAAGCAGUGUUAUAGUUCAUGCACAUGCAACAGAACGCCCCGCUUCCUUUCAUGAACGACUAUUACAGCCAAAAUAUUUGGUCUGCCACUGGGAUACAGACCCUUCAGGAAGCAUAACGCCACUUACAGCACCACCUUUGCCCGGCGCAGCUGGAGCCCUCAUCAUCUUGAGUCUAGGACCCCAGGAAACCUUAAUCCAGCUCUGUUAUGGUGUGUAUCUAUAAUAAUAAUGAUGAUACAUUUUCUGUGGGUUUUCUCCAAGCGCUUCCCACUUGAAAACACUCAUUAAUUAGCUGAAAACUUGGUAAUAUGUCGAGGACCACAGAGCUGAGACAUGUGUUGGCUCCGGCUUACUGCCUGGUUGCCUACCCCACUUGCCUGUGGUUUCUCGUGAACCUCUGAUUCUUUCUCUUCCAGAGUGAAUGGAUUAUGUGCGACACAUUAAAAGUUUAAAUAAUUAUUAUCAUCAUUAUUAUCCAAGAAAUCCUCACCGAGUCUCAAAACUCUGUACCAGGCAGAUGCUGCAUUUGGAUGUUUGGCCAAUUGCACAUGAUGAGUAUUUGGAGGGAAACCUAUGGGUGGUGUGGAAAUUAUUGUACUUGUUGAAGUGCAACACGAAGAGCAGGGAAUACAUAAUUCUGCCACAAAUAUACCUUAUUACAAUGCUAACCCGGUAAAAUGCCAAUGUUACCUUCAUUGAAGCUCACUGUGAGAAGGGAGACUUGUUCAUUAUAUUCAUACUAGUUAAUUUCCAAAAAUGUAUCCCAUGUUGAAGUGUAUUCUCUCUUGUUAUAACUUUGAAGAGCGGUUAAACUAGUUGGCGAGGUAGUGCCUAUGUUGUUGAAGUUACUUACCACUUAGGUGUGAUUGGUGGCUCGCUUGCCGUAAUGGGCCGACUUAAAUGAAUUCAACCAUUGUUACCCCAUAGCUGACGUAUUGGCUGGUAAGUUUCCAGCUUGUAUUUUGUCCCAGAUAAUAACCGAACUGUAAACAAUCUUUUUAAACUGUACAUAGUUUUUUUUGUAUUUUGUAUAAAAUAUUAACACUAAAAUGCAUGUUAAUAAUUAGUAUUAAGAUAUUUUUAAAAGCACUUUUCUUAUAAUUUUUGUUUGUUUAUUUAACAUCCAUGCCUAACCCACAUAUACAUUUAUAUAGAGCAAAUCGCUCAUUCAAAAUAUUGGGCUGAUGUUUACCACUAGGCAAGCCGAGUAAAUACAUCACAAUGGACAGCCGUCUGUUGGUUAAAAUGCUGAAAGGUCAUUGUUGAAGUUUCUUGUGUUUGGCACUUGUGUAACAAUACUAUAUAAACAAGGCAGUGUCUUUCACAGCAUCCAGAAAUGUAGGAUAUGUUCACCAUUGCACGAAGAACGCAAGCGGAAUCAUACGAAAGCAUCCUCGUUUCUUUAGGUUCGUCUUAUUGCAUUUAGCCGAAUUCUUGAGUCACGCCAUUUAAACAUGGCUGCCUGCAUAAUGACAUGAGGCUUUUUCUUAUUUUGUGCGUGUAUUUUUGACGAUGCCACUGAUGGCAGUGGUGCAAUCUUCAUAUGGAUUGCGGCCUGUGGACAACUAGUGGCUCAUGGAAGGAUUGCAAGUGGUUAGCAGUUUAAGCGAUAUUUUACUUUUAUUAAUUUGCCAUACUUCACCUCUGGUCAACUGUUUGGAUUUGGGACUUCAUGGUGGUGUGACCAGAAUUGUUGUGGUGGGCCGAUGUACUUUGUUUCCAUGACCAAUGAAAACCGGGCACAACCCUGCUGAAUAAUGGCCUGGAUUCCCAUGGUCGAUGUGAAAGGAGUAAAAGCAUGUUGAAUCAAAUCUCCUUUCUAGAUCUCCUAACAUUAAUGAUACAACAUGUGUACUGUAUAUGUUUUAAUCUAUUGCCCGAUUGACUCAUUGGCUUUCCAGCAGUGUUGUUUAAGCAAGCAAAUGGAAAUGAGGCCCAAUGAGCUCAGCUGCUCCAGCUUCAUCGCUUUCCCUUUCUGCAAGCUGGAGUGCGAUGGUUAGGAAGACUUGUUUUGUUUAAAAUUAUUGUGUACCAACUCAUCAUGUUGUGUUUCGGAGGAUUACAAAAUAAAUUUGCAGGCUGUUGUCAAUUCACUGCUGGACAAAGACAUCCCCUACACUGCGUCAGUCAAGGCGCUUGUUUGACCGUCCUUUGCCACGCUGGUCAGUGUGGAUUGGUGAAGAGCUGGCCCGAGAACCAGUGCAGAUUUCACUUGCCACUGAUAUUAGCAAACAUGGAGUGAGUCAGGGCCCAGCUUUGUAAAGCAGAAUUCGUUUUACCAUGAUGGGUUGCCAUGGAAAGAAAUUGCUGUCUGACUCAGCCUAGAAACUGCACACUUUCUACUGGACAUAGAAGCAAUGUACUCGGGACCCAAAUUGAUCAAGAGUUGACAGUUUACCCUGUCUCAGUUCUUUGCUUUAGUUCAGCUGUUUGAAAUUGGUUAAUCUCGCGUACAAAACACAUAAUUGCUUGAUAAUAAUAACAAUGUAUUUGAUAAUCAUAUUUUCAGGUGAUUCAAAUAACACGUACAUUUACAUUAUGAUGACAAAUGCGUGUAGUAGUAGUUAUCUCCAAAAAGCACUUCUUUUUUGUAAUUAAAUAUAAGUACUUUUUUGUACGUUGUAUAUGUAUUAUUUCCCCAUUACAUUAAUGCAAUGCACUUACAAAGGGUAAUCUUUUUUAUUUUAUCGGUGUUGGCUGUAAGGAAAGGACAAUCCCACAGUGUUUCAACCACUUAAUUUGAGUUAUUAAAUAGUAACCAUGCACUUAUUUAACACCAUUUAGGACUUACCAGAACAAAAGCGUAAAGUUUUGUAAAUAAAGGCAGGUUCACGUUGAGAGGCUAAACACCAUUAUAUGAUUGCCUGCUAAUACUGACUCUUUUGACCAUUAAUGAGCAUUCAUUCCUUAUCCACUUCUGAUAAAUUGCCCUACCUUGGGUUGUCCUCUAUUCUGUCUGAGCACAUUGGUUAUGUGAGGUGGCUUAUACAAAGAGCAUGGCCUACAUUGUGAUUCAUUACAACUCAAUCUGGCUUUAUAUAGCGUCUACAUGCAACCACAUCUCAUGAUACUGUACAGAACACUGGGCAUAUUUAUGUUAUAGAGUGUAAGAGACGGACGGUCAUAGGUGGAGUUAUAAAUGAAGGUAUUGAGUAUUCAUGUGAACAGAGGUAGAGAGUGGACAGCAUGGAUGGCUUGGAGCAAAGAGAGUUCCAGACCAUGAGGGCAGCAAAAGAGAAGGAGUGACCUCGCACUGAAUGACGGUUGACUGGGGACUCAGCUGCUGCUGGCUGCGGUCUGCCAAAUGAGACCGGGUGGCACAUUGGGAUGGAGAUUAAAAUGGUACAGAAAUGGCUGUUUGCUUCAAUUGAAUAAAUCAAUUCAGUGACGUUUGCAGAUAUGAAUGAUCUCGCAGCCACGGGUAGCUUUAAAGAGAACAAAUGCUGGUCUCAUUUUAUUCAAAGUGUCAAAGGUGAAUUGCAAUUAAAGGAAAUAAAAUAGCCGUGCUGUACAACAUAUGCACAAGGUUGGAACCAUUAGUUUUGAGUGUUUUCUGCAAGGGUUUUUUUAUUUGUGCUUUGAAUAUUAUUUAAUAAAAUGCCAAUGAUUUAUUUAAGUGAUAUGAUUUUCCCCUUAAACAAUAACACUUAUACAGAUUAUAUACCAUUGAUGAAAUACAUUUUCUUUUUUGUAGUUUUAAUUUUAUUUAGUGAAUUUGUGUUGGUGUUAGAAAGUUGAGAGUUUAUUUAAUCAUGAUAAUUACACGUAUUACACAGCUUUUGUCGAAAUGCACUAUUUUUUUGUUCAAGAACACCGUGUUAAUGUCAACUAAUAAGGUGAUGUUCUUAUAACUGCUAUUGUUUGAUGCAGCAUUAAUUUAACUCACAAAAUAUGUAGUGAAUUCAAAUCUAGCUGCUGCUGCUGCUUGUGCGUUUGAACAUUAGUAAUUCAUUUUUGGGUCUGGCCACGUAAUGAUCCGACCAAAUAUUUGCACCAAUUGUUUCAACUCACCGGCAAGUUGUAGAGCAAUUUUCAUAACGAAAUGUGGUGAUAGGCACACCAUUUUGUUUGGAAAUUGCACCAAACAUCAGGGAAACAUUCCCAGGUGUCAAUAAUGAGAAACCAGGAAGUGAAGAUGGUGGAGAGUUUCAUGACACAUUUUGUCAUGAUGAUGUGGCUUAACCGAGAAAAUAAUUACGAUCUUAAUAUUGGCUGCGAAAACCUACAUCUUAAGUUGUAUUUUAAGUUAUUGCAUUCAUACCAGAAUGAUGGCCAAUUGUUUUUUUGGGUUUGUGCUUUAGAUUGUAUUAAUUUUGUUUUUGAAAUGUGCAAAAUAAAGAUUAAAAGGAAAAAAAAUAUCGUCCAAAAAUACGAGUGACCGGUGAUUCACAGACAUUAAUGAAACAAUAUUGCACCCC